GUGCUACGCUUGUGCUAUUCCCCAACAAAUCAGCUUCGUUUUGUCAGUUUUCAACGAGUCGGUCAGCUGUUCGGAUCACUGUAAUCGUGGAGAAUUAACACAUGGGCCUGGUCAAGAACUGGAACUCAAACACAAUUAAAAAAACAAAUUGCCAAUAAUAUAUAUAUAUAUUUAUAUAUAGAUAUUUAUAGCUGUAGUUAGACAUUCCGUAUUAGCCGCCAUGUCGGAGAAGCAAUUGGAACAGAAUAGCGUGCCUCUGAGCCGCGUGAUUGGCGCCUACAUAUUUGGGCUCUUGCAGACCUUCUUUCGUUUUAUCUUCCGCUUAAUAUAUGGCGCCAAAGGUAAAAGCAUGCCACCCAUAACGGAUCCCAUACUCCUCGAAUCGGCCACAUCGCUGGCCAGAAAAAUACGUAACCAAGAGCUAAGCAGUGUUCAGGUUCUGGAAUCGUUUAUACGCCGCAUCAAGGAAGUGAAUCCGUUGCUCAAUUGUGUCGUGGAUGAGCGCUACGAUGAGGCACUCAAAGAGGCAGCCGCGGCGGAUGCCCUAAUCAAGUCCGGGCAAUAUACAAAAGAAGAGUUGGCCACGCUGAAACCGUUCUUGGGCGUGCCUAUCUCAACAAAGGAUUGCAUAGCGGUCAAAGGCAUGCUCCAUACAGCUGGAUUGUAUUCGCGCCGUGAGGUGCGCGCGGCAGACGACUCGGAUGCAAUGGGAUUGAUGCGGAAGGCGGGCGCCAUACCCUUUGCGCUCACCAAUGUCUCCGAGAUGUGCAUGUGGUGGGAGAGCAACAAUACGGUGCACGGCAGGACAAACAAUGCCUACGACACGAAUCGCAUUGUGGGCGGCUCCAGCGGCGGCGAGGGCUGUGUCCAAUCGGCUGCAGGUUCACCGUUUGGCUUGGGCUCGGACAUUGGUGGAUCCAUUCGAAUGCCCGCGUUUUUCAAUGGCAUCUUUGGGCAUAAGCCCAGCAAAUUCAUCGUUUCGAAUAAGGGCCAGUUUCCAAGUCCGUUCAGUGAGGAGCAGAACUCAUUUUUGGGUCUGGGUCCCAUGUCACGAUUUGCCGAGGAUCUGCGACCCAUGCUGCAGAUUAUGGCUGGGGAGCGGGCGGACCUGUUGCGGCUAGACAAGCCAGUGGAGCUGGAUAAAAUAAAGUUCUUCUAUCAGGAAUCAGAUGGCGGUGGUCGCAUGGUCUCCGCCGUCGAUAAGGAUCUGCUCCUGGCCAUGCGCCGAGUGGCCGACCAUUUGAGCAAGAAAUUCGGCGCUGGUCAGGUGAAGCAGGUUCAGCUGCCGCAGAUACGUCAAUCAGCGGCCAUUUGGUUUGCCAACAUGCGUGAUGACUCCGGUCACGGCUUCAGCUACCAGCUGGGCGAUCUGCGCUACGAUAUCAACACCUAUCUGGAGCUGCUCAAGUGGCUGGUGGGCGCCUCGAAGCAUACAUUGAUUGGCCUGAUCACGGCCGUAAUGGACAACGCCCAGUGCCAGCAUGGCUCCUCCAAGUACAAGCACAUGGUGGCCAAGCGGGAUAACCUGCGUGCCACUCUACAGCAGCUGCUGGGCGACAAUGGCGUGCUCAUCUAUCCCACGCAUCCCACUGUGGCGCCCUACCACAACGAGCCCAUAACGCGUCCCAUCAACUUCUCCUACACGGGCAUAGUCAAUGUGCUGGGCUUCCCGGCCACAGCUGUGCCGCUUGGCCUAGGCAGCGAGGGCUUGCCGCUGGGCGUGCAGGUCAUAGCGAACUUUAAUGAGGACCGAUUGUGCCUGGCCGUGGCCGAGGAGCUGGAGCGUGCCUUCGGCGGCUGGGUGCGCCCCGAGGUGCGACUCUGAAGCGGACUCUUUUAUUACAAAUAACAUAAGUAUACACAGCCGAGCAUUUAGCUUUUAGUAUUUGGGAAUUGUAUCCUGGGCCCCGCAAAGAACCCACCAAACACAAUCUAACAACGGCUUAGUAUAUACUAUAUACAAACGAUCUAUCAGCAUGUCCUCUUUAUAUCAACAUAUAUGAGAUGUGUGUAGAAUGUGAAUUGUAAAAUGUGCACAUUAAGUGCAUUUAGUGCCUCGUAAAAUCAAUGUUUCGAUGUAUUUUUAUUGCUAUUAUAAUUACUUUGUAUACAAUAUGUUUUUAACCAUAAACUUAGCAUUAAUCUAAGCUCACAUUUGAUUUCGCAUUUAAAAUAAAGAAAAAUUGUUAACAAA